CAAUAAAGACGAGUAAAGCGUCAUAUGCGUGCGACAGGACAUCGUCACAGCAAACGCGAUGGCUGAACCUGGAAGUGGGAGAGUAAUCAAGCUCGUUCCUGAGAACCUUCUCAAGAAACGCAAAGCCUAUCAGGCCAUCAAAGCAAAUCAAGCUAAACUUGCAUUACAGCAGAAAAGAAAAGUACAAAAGGGAAUUCCAAUAAAGUUUAAGCGCUUGGAAGAUGUUCUUAAAAACAGCAAAAAGCGUCAGCGAGAUGAGACUCGACUGGCAAGGCUACAAAAACGACCUCCGCCUGCCAUGCCACCAGCUAAGCAACAACUGGCAUUUGCUGUCCGCAUCAAAGAGAUCAAAGGUAUUAGCCCCAAAGUGAGGGAGGUCAUUCAGAUGCUGAGGUUGAGGAAGAUCUUCAGUGGAACCUUUGUCAAAGUCAGCAAGACGUCUAUAAAAAUGCUUAAGACUGUGGAGCCCUAUGUUGCGUGGGGGUUUCCCAACUUGAAAUCUGUCCGGGAGCUCAUCCUGAAAAGGGGACAAGGAAAGGUUAAUAAGAAAAAAGUUCCUCUUACCGACAAUACACUAAUUGAGAAACAUCUGGGCGAGCAUGGGAUCAUCUGUUUGGAGGACCUUAUUCAUGAACUUUACUGUGCUGGAAAAUCCUUCAGGGUUGUAAAUAACUUCUUGUGGCCAUUUAAUCUGUCAGUACCUCGGCAUGCUGCUAGAGACCAAGUUGGCUUAAUGAAAGAUGUUGGAAACCCCGGACCCAGAGCUGAAGACAUAAACACAGUUAUCAGAAAACUUAACUGAUCUAUAAAAAACUCUUGGUUUGGACUUCUUUUCGAUGCUUCUCUUUGGAAAAUCCUAUUGGGUUUAUGCCGGACUGUGUUGUGAUGGUUACUCUACCAGUGUUCUCAAUCCAAAAGGAGUCUUUCUAUGUGCUGUUUUAACUGAACGUUCAGUUAAAGCAUGGGUUUCCCUCAAAAUAAAUUACAUGUUCAAAUGUAAUUAUUCAAUACUAUGUUGUUCAAUAUUUUUAUUAAAGAAUGAAAAUUCCAAA